AUGGAGUGUUGGGAGGGGGGGAACAAGCCUGAGACAGAGGAGAGUUUGGGGGAGAAGGAGGGAGUGGGUGACGACAAUGGUGGUGAUAAUGACGGUGGUGAUGGUGGUGGUUGCGAUGGUGACAAUAACGAUGAUGAUGGUGUCGACGACGAUAGUAAUGAUAGUGGUUACAAUGGUGGCAAUGAUAGUGGUGUUGGUGGUGGUGACGACGACGGUGGUAGUGGUGUUGGUGUGACGACAGUGGUAAUGGUGGUGAUUGAGACAACAAUAAUUAUUAUGAGGGGUGAUAGAGAUGGUGGUGGUAGUGGUUGUUAUGGCAACAACGGUGGUAGUGGUUGUUAUGGCAACAACGAUGGUAGUGGUUAUGAUGGAGAUGAUGGUGGAGACAAUGGUAGGACUAAUGGGAGUGAUGGUGGUGGUGGUUGUUGUUAUGGCGGUGAUGGUGGUUGUGGUGACAAUGAUGUAGUGGUGGCGACAAUGUGA